AUGGUAGACGUUAAACAGCCAGCGAACCAAGGCGCAUCAAGCGAAGCAGCUGAAUCGGAGCAGCAGCCGGCAAGCCAGCCGAACGGGGCGCAUCCAGCCCAGCAGUCGGUAAGCCAGCCGAAUCGAAACAGCAGCCGGCAAGCCAGCCGGAUCGUAGCUCAUUCCACGAGCAGCCGGCAAGCCAGCCGAAUCGGAGCAGCAGACAGCAAACCAGCCGAACGGGGCGCAUCCAGCCCAGCAGUCGGUAAGCCAGCCGAAUCGAAGCAGCAGCCGGAUCGUAGCUCAUUCCACGAGCAGCCGGCAAGCCAGCCGAACGGGGCGCAUCCAGCCCAGCAGUCGCUCAUUCCACGAGCAGCCGGCAAGCCAGCCGAACGGGGCGCAUCCAGCCCAGCAGUCGGUAAGCCAGCCGAACCGAAGCUCAUCCGUCGAGCCAUUCCGACCCAGCAGCAACCGGCAAGUCUACCGAACGGGGCGCAUUCAGCCCAGCAGUCGGUAAGCCAGCCGAACCAAAGCUCAUCCGUCGAGCCAUUCCGAUUCAUCAGCAAGAGGCAGCAGCCGGCAAGCCAGCCGGAUCGUAGCUUGUCCCACGAGCGCUACUGCAGUGAGUUUUUUAAGAGUUUCCUCACUGCAGUAGACGUCAAACAGCCAGCGAACCGAGGCGCAUCAAACCAAGCAGUCGGCAAGCCAGCCGAACGGGGCGCAUCCAGCCCAGCAGUCGGUAAGCCAGCCGAAUCGAAACAGCAGCCGGCAAGCCAGCCGGAUCGUAGCUCAUUCCACGAGCAGCCGGCAAGCCAGCCGAAUCGGAGCAGCAGACAGCAAACCAGCCGAACGGGGCGCAUCCAGCCCAGCAGCCGGCAAGCCAUCCGCAUCGUAGCCCAUUCCUCGAGCGCUACUGCAGUGAGUUUUUAA